AUGUCCUUCUUGGCUUUCUUUGGUUUCCCCCUCCAGCUCCCUUCAGACUUCAGGUCUCUGAUCCAGAGGUUUUAUCAUCUGCAGGCUGAGAGGAUUGAGACCUAUCGACUCUUUGAAGAGUACGUUUGGGGCCACGAGGCGUACCUGAGGACGGGACCCCACUACGACUUUGACCACUACAAACAACUGGUCCACGAGAUAACGCAGGCCUUCAGCGGCAUUUCCAAAGAAGUGCUGGAGAUCAAAGAGCGGCUGCAAGCCGACUUCGACCGCCCGGACCUCUCUGAGCACAUGGAAAAGCUGCAGAGCAAAGAGAAGCAGAAGCUCGAACUGGUAAUUAAACACAGUUUUAAUUGA